AUGGACUGGUUUUCCUGGCUCUCUCAGGCCAACCUCCACCCCUCCCUUACUUACGAUUAUGGUGUCACCUUCGCCCGCAACGAGCUCGAGCCCCCCGAUGCUGCCUUCUUCGACCACGAGUUCCUCCAGAGCAUGGGCAUUUCCGUAGCCAAGCACAGGCUCGAGAUCCUCAAGCUCGCCAAGAAGGAGAAUGCAGCCAACAAGAAUCUCUCUCGAGUCGUGAAGAAAUGUUGGAAGAAGUGUGUGAGGAAGUUCGUUGCCUCUCGUGAUGAGGCUGUGAAGGAGAUUCCGUGUGAGCCAAGCUGGCGGAUCGAGAGGAGAGGGUCGAUGAAAGAAGAAAAGCCCAAGCCCAUGGGUACUCCCAAAAGAAUGAGAAGCUUAACACUUUCUGGGCCUUUGGAAGGACGAGUGCAUGAGAAGGUGAUUACUAACCAUAAGGGGUUGACACUUUCUGGGCCUCUAGAUGGAAGGUUGGUUCACCCAAAUCAAAGCCCAAUGAUUUCCAGGCCCAUAGAUUAUGGAAGGACGAUAGGCUUGGCGGUGAGCCCGAGAGUAUCUGGGUUUCCGAUGCCUGGAAGUAGGAGUCCUAGGGCCAAUUGGGCUUCCGAUGUGGUGGCUGAUAGCCCAAUUGGCUUCAGUCCCAGUUAUCACAAUAAAAAUGCAAAAUCUGAGUACGAUUAUGAUGGCGAGAACACCCAGUGGCUCGCAAUGUUUCAAGAUCUGAAACCAACUUGA